AGAGAUCACAUCACAUCACCGCUGACGAUUCUGGCCGGACGGUCCGUCUGAAUUGCUAUUUCAAAAAACAGUACAAAACGUGUUUUUGCUCGUUUUUUCACUGGAUAUUUUUUUACGAGACUUAUCUGCGUCGGUUCGCUGUUCAACAACAAGCCGGAAGUAACGGCAGGGAUGAGGAUUGCACAUCUUUCUCUGGAAACGCAUCAGUUCCGCUGGUCUGCCUUGUGACUCCAGCAGCGACCGAGAGCCGAAGGAGGAGGAGCAGGAGACAGCCGAUGAUCCGGGGCCCCGUCCGCUCCCCUGAAGCGCUGAUGCACGCCCGGAUCCGCAGGACCAGAGGCAGCUGCACGGGGAGGCGCUGAAAUGAGAUGAGGCUCAGACAUGGAACUGUUGCCACUGCGAUUGUUUUCUUCACGUCGUUUCUCAGUCUGUCCUGGUACACGGCUUGGCAGAAUGGCAAAGAAAAGUUGGUAGCCUAUCAGAGGGAGUUUCAUUCCCUGAGGGAGCGUCUGCGUGUGGCGGAGCACCGAACCCUCCAGCGCUCCUCCGAGCUCAACGCCAUCCUCGAGCAGUUCAGACGGGCCAUCGCAGAAACCAACGGCAGCAAAGACGCUCUCUCCAACUUCUCAGACGAGACACAGAAGUUGCUGAAGGAGUUGGCUCACAGGAAGCCCCUCCAUGUGCCAAAUAUCUACCACCAUCUGCCUCACCUGCUCAACAAUGAAGGCAGCCUGCACCCUGCUGUACAGGUGGGCCAGGGACGAACCGGAGUUUCCAUCGUGAUGGGCAUCCCCACGGUGAAGCGGAAAGUAAAGUCAUACCUGUCAGAGACGCUUCAUUCACUCAUCGAUAAACUCUCGGCGGAGGAGAAGCUCGACUGCGUCAUCAUCGUGUUCGUGGGAGAGACGGACAUAGAUUAUGUAAACAGUGUGGUUGCAGGCCUUGAAAAAGAGUUCUACACAGAGCUGAAUUCGGGGUUACUGGAGGUCAUAUCUCCCCCUGCCAGCUACUACCCAGACCUCGCCAACUUGAAAGAGACCUUUGGGGACUCGAAGGAGCGGGUGAAAUGGAGGACCAAGCAGAACUUGGACUAUUCCUUUCUAAUGAUGUAUGCCGUGAACAAAGGGGUCUAUUAUGUCCAGUUGGAGGAUGACAUCGUUGCCAAACCCAACUAUUUUGCAACCAUGAAAAACUUUGCUGUUCAACUCGCCUCAGAGGACUGGAUGAUCCUUGAGUUUUCACAGCUGGGCUUCAUUGGUAAGAUGUUCCAAGCCCCAGAUCUAAAUCUGAUUGUGGAGUUUAUCUUCAUGUUUUAUAAGGAGAAGCCCAUUGAUUGGCUGCUGGAUCACAUUCUCUGGGUCAAAGUGUGCAACCCAGAGAAAGAUGGCAAGCACUGUGAGAGACAGAAGUCGAGCCUGCGCAUUCGUUUCAGGCCCUCUUUGUUCCAGCACGUAGGCCUACACUCCUCCCUUGCUGGGAAAAUCCAGAAACUCACGGAUAAAGACUUCCUGAAACCCCUGCUGCAUAAGAUUCACGUGAACCCGCCGGCGGAGGUGUCCACCUCUUUAAAAGUGUAUCAAGGUCAUACACUGGAGAAGACGUACAUGGGCGAGGACUUUUUCUGGGCCAUUACUCCAAUGGCUGGAGACUACGUCCUGUUCAAGUUUGAUCGGCCCGUCAACAUAGAAAGGUUCCUUUUUCGCAGUGGAAACCAGGAGCACCCAGGAGACAAAAUCGAGAACACUACUGUCGAGUUCCUGCCCUUCUCGGAUGCUGGAUUGAAGACCAAAGAGAAGUACAAACGAACAGAAGAUCGGUUCUAUAAGCUUGCUCAGUUUGAGAAAGGAGUGGCAGAGGGGACGGUUGACCCGGUCUUCAACCCCGUGGCGGCUGUUCGUCUGACGGUCCAGAAGGACUCCGCCGUGUGGGCCAUUAUUAGCGAGAUCCAUAUCAAGAGGAUACCUGGGUAACGGCCUGAAAGUCUCCAGUGGUCUGGUGCUGCUGGCAUCUACAGCGGAUCGAGUGACCCUCACAUUACCAGAGCGCGUGGAGGAACCCUGGCUUCGUGCUUCACCUCUUAAACUUUACUUUUUCCUCUCUUUUCUUUUUCUUCUCGUCUCCCUCUGGUAGUUUUGACAUUGUUUCUUCUCUUCUACUUGCCUUGGCCUCUUUCGUCAGACUUUAUUUGACCUUUUACUAUUCCCUGAAUUCUGUUGUGUGAACAUGACUACUACUGUACAGGAAAGCAAGCAAGCCAACACUUUUUGACAGAAUGUUUCCAGACACUAAAUCUGUGUGGUGAAGAAUUGCAAUCAUGGCUGUCGAUAAAGCUUGGAGUUCAGGAUUCAAAGCUGCACCGAUGCUGGAUAAUAAGAAGAUUGUCCUCAGCGCUCUGCCGUCGUGGACCGUAACUGACCAUACACUUUGGGUCAGAUAAACACGGCUGGAGAUGAACGUGGGAUGAAAGAAAUGGUUUUUUAGGGUUUGAUGCCGUUGGUGUUCAAUACUCUGUUCAGAACAUGUGGAGACCAGUUUAUUAUUUAAUUGACUGCUUUGCCAAAAUCUAAAAACAGCAUAUCUUUGGGCGUCCACUUGGUCUACAGAAGUGGCUUUUCUUCCUCUGUGUUGGUUUAUUCAAAGAAAUCAAUCAUGGCUUUUAAUCCGAAGGUUUUUAAUUGCUGUUAUUAUUAUUAUUAUUAUUAUGAUAAUGACGAUCUAUGAAGGUGAAUUAAUUUAUUUGAAAUAAAUCUUUAAUUUGUACAAAAGGUAAAUGCUUUUAUUUUAUAUUCUUUGGCAGUUUCUGAUGUGGUAGAGUGGUAUUGUUUGUAUCUUUGUGUAGUUGAGAGGGGUGCAGGGCCGCCCACCUCUGUGCCUUCACAUCCAGCGUCCCAGUUUGGGGCCUGGUAAAGGACUGCCUUGUGCCCUGCGUCCAAACACUUCAAUCGUACAAUCAGAUAGUCUGUUAGAUGCCUGAUUCAAGAGAGACGCUCACGUUUAGAGCAUGGCAUGUUCAUAUUUAUGUUUCAGAAUCUUUCGUUGUUCAUCUCAAACAGUCGGCUUUCUUCACGUCAGUCUGACAAGUUCGUCUUUCUAUGCUGUAUCACAAGUGUCUGAAUGUUCAGUGAGGCAUGAUGAAGUCCAGAUGCAAUCUGCUGGGUUUUUCUGCACAGAAUUAAUUCAAAUGUGGUGAUUAAUGAAGCUGAGGGGACUUCGUAUCUGAAAGCACAAUCUACGGAGACCCUGAAUGGACAUGGAGAUGAGCUGACCCUUUAAAAACUGAAUUAUAUUUCGGUGUUUUUGAUUCUCUCACUAAAUGUUCACAUUUCACCAACAAACUUUGGGUUUGCAGAAAUGUUUUGCAUCUCCUGACAAACUAUAUGUUUGCUCUAAAAGCUUUUGUGAUGGAAAUAUACGUUAGGACCAACAACUAUAUUUCAGUACUUUGCGAGAGAACGCAAAAGUUUAGCUAGAUAAUGAAAAAGUUUUGUGAGCGAAUUCAAUUUUUGGGACUAAAACACAGUACUUUUUGUAAAUGUUUUGUGAGCGAACACCAAUUUUAUUGGGGGAAUGUAACAUUUAUGCAAUUUAACAAGCAAAUUCAAAAACAUUGAAAUAUAUAUAUAUAUAUAUAUAUAUAUAUAUAUAUAUAUAUCUUUUUUUUCAUCACCUUGUCCACUUGACUCAAUCAAAUAAGUCACAAUAUGUAAAAAUGCACAGAACUUGACAGGCGUUUAAAGCUUUCUGUGGAGUUCUGCAGAUGCAGAUUCUGUGUGGACCUGGUCAGGAGCAAAAUAUUUGCAGAACCACAGAUUUAUAAUGGAAAUGGAAUAGAAUUUAAGGCCCGUUCACACCAAGCAUGAUAACAAUCAAGAUAUCGCUCUAAAAAUCACUCUCAAUAUUAAAGAAUAGCAGAGUCCACUGUUAUCAUUUUUAGAACCAUUUUUUCCCAGUUGAUAAACGUUACAAACAUUGACAGCCAAUCAGAAUGAUGAUGUUCGCUGGUGUGCACACUAAUAUCCUUAUCUUUAUAGUUCUCGUUCUUGGUGUGAACAGGGCUUCACAGCUAUUUUUCAGUAGUGUGAAGUGUGUGUGUGCUGGUUUUGACACCUGGAUUCAUGACACUGUACCUUUAUCAUAUUACAGGGACUGGAAGCUGAGGUAACUGCUGUACAGAUUCCCAAAGUGCUCUCAUCUCAUGUGAUUGUAAAUAUAAGAUGGAAGUUUUAGUUCAGUCGGACAUCAUGUGUCCUUGUGUUUUCCUUGAUGCUGAAGUUUCAGAGCAUAUCCUUUAUACAUGCAUACACCUUCAUUUUAGUGACUACUUGAGCAGUGUGUGUUUUUAAUAGAAAGCCAAAAUACUGUCAUAACCAUUUGUUUACAGUUCGUUUCUGAUCUCUCCUGAGACACCACAGUGGAGUGGUUUUCAGUGUUUUGUCGAACUUAUGCCUUUUUAGUCAGGUUUGUGCUCAAUGAUCUGUUUCCUCGCCUGUUUUAGCACUGAAAGAUGGAUUGUUACCUCUUGUUAAACUCUCAUGGGCCGGUUUCCCAUCGGGGAUCAGUGCAUGUCCCUCUUGAAGCCCACUCUUCAGUCUUACAUUGAGAUGAAUCGGACAUGAAAUGUGUGGUGCAUUCUUGACGUUCAUGUGCCUUCAUCUGUCUUUCUCCAGCUCUGACAUUGAUUUGAAUAAACUGUUCCAAAAUAA